AUGGUGUUUCUGCAAGACAUCCUGGACUCGCUGUUCUCCAUGUUUCCCACCGAAGAGUCGAACAAGCAAGAUGCGUCCGUCGUCUUCCAGGCUCUAGUGUUUGUCUUCAGCUUACUGGAGGAAGAGAAGUUCUCUCACUUCCGGCCGGUCAUUGACACGUACAUCCUCAACCACUUCUCUGCUGCGCUCACGCACAAAGCCAUGCUGCAGUGCAUGACAGAACUCAGUAACCAGGUGAAGAGCACAGACCAGCAGCAGCCGAUCCUGAGAUCAUACCGCUGCCUCGAAAUCAUCUUCCGCUUCAUCGUCCAAUCACGACUGCUCUUCUCCAGGGCGACGGGAGGACAGGAAGAAGAGGAAUUUGUACAGGAACUGCGAGACCUGUUCUCCGCCUUCAGUUCUGCUCUCUGCCAGACUACAGACCUCAUCACUCCCACCCAGUCGCGACUCAUCCUCAUGAAGAUGGCCGUACACCAUCUACGUCAGCAGUUUGAACAGAAGCGAGAGCUGGAUCUGUGUGCUGACAUACUAGCCUCGGCACUGAAGGGGUUACAGAGGGAGGUCAACAUCACCAAGUGCAAGGAGACGGUGUGGUUUGAGGUGGACCUACUGGUCUCCCCCAUGGUGGACAGUAAAGUGGUACCUUCCCUGCUGGACAUCAUAAUACAGGCGAUCCGGACAACUGACCGCAAGAGUGCGACCAGUGGCCAGUUGGUGGCAGCACUGAUCGACAUCCUGCGACUGAUGGACGACAACCACUACAAGCAGCUGUGGGAACAAUACGCAGACGAUCUGAAAACACUGCGAGAGUUUCUGCUCAAGGUGUUUGUCGUCUUCCAAGAGCUUGUCAGAGGUGACGUGUUCCCGCCGGACUGGAUGGUCAUGCGCAUGGUGACAAACAGUGUCAUCUUGACUUCUGUGCAGGAAUUCUCACAAUCUCUCCUCAACAACUUCAUAGAGGGAGACGAAUUCGACUUUCAGCUAUGGUCGGUGUUCUUCAGUGCUACUGUGGCAUUCCUCACUCAGCCCUGCUUGCAGAUGGAGGCUUUCUCACAACAAAAACGAGACAAAGUGACCGAGAGGUACAACGACAUGCGAGUGCUGAUGGGCUUCCAGAUAUGGAACAUGUGGUCGAACCUCAGCGAACACAAGAUCCGCUUCAUCCCGGGCAUGGUCGGACCAUUCCUGGAGGUCACCUUGGUUCCGGAGACGGAGCUUCGCAAGGCCAUCCUGCCCAUCUUCUUCGACAUGAUGGACUGCGAACAGAGAGCGCGCGGGAACUUCAAGGAGGUGGAGUCCGAGUUGAUCGACAAACUCGACAUUCUAGUCAGCGAGAACAAGGGCGACGACGAGUACAGGGAGCUCUUCAAAACAAUGUAA